UGAAUUAUUUAUUUAAAACAAUAUAUCACGUAUUUAUAAAGCAGCAAAUUGCUUCAGUUAGUAUUUUGUACUUAUCGUAAAGAGAAGCACCAGUGGAUGAGCACGGAAAGUAGCAGCAGCAGCUAACAAACAAACAAACGAACAAACGACAACAAAAAUCAAUACUACAACAAAAUACUUGAACAAAAGUCAUCAACACUACUGACAAGUGGGAAGAACUUUAAGCAGGGAGUAAAAAUGUUUUGAAGAAUUUAAAAAAAAAAAUCAUAAGAAAUAGUACGUGAUUUCCAUUUAAUAAUUAACAUUAAUUCUAACUCAAGUGUUAAUUGAAGUUAAAAGAAGGAAACUUGACUACAAACAAAAAAAGUGGAGCACGGCCAAAAAUCACGAAACAAAAAAACUCAAAUAAAAACUACCACUUGCAGACUAUUUGUUAAACAGCAGCAUUUGUUUUAGUAUACCAAAGAUUUUUGCUUUUAAUUUGAGUGUAACAAACAUUUCUCCAAGGAAAUUUAAGCUAAAAAUAAAACAGACACCUACGACUAUAUCAAUAACAUCAUCAUCAUAAUCAUCAUCAUAAACAUUAUCACAGUUGGAAGAGCAACAAGAAACAAAAAUUACACCCCCAUCCUUGGCCCAAGGAACUACGUCAAUUUACCACUACUACUACAACAAACAGCCAACAUUUUAAGAACUCCUUAGUUGUACUAUCACUUUUAUUUAAAGCAGAGAGAAACACACACAGAAAAUAAAAAUAAAACAAGAAACAAGAAACCCCAGCCAGCCAAGCCAGCAAGGGAGGGAGCCAAGACAUUGUUGGGUUCAGCAGCAAUAUGUUGACAUUCAAGACGAAACAGCCACAACUACAGCAUCAUAAACAACAGAAAUCUUUAAUAUUUGCAUUAUGCUGCUUCAUUACCUUCAUCAUAAUGGUUUGUGCACCAAGUUUAUGUCAAGGUUACAUUAUUAAAGAAGACGAAAGUUUCCUGCAACGUCCCUACUAUGCCACCCAAGGCGAUUUGGAGGAUAUCUUUGCACGCCUCACCAAACAGUUUCCCGACCAUGCCCGUGUCGAGACUAUUGGGCGUUCGUUGGAGGGUCGCCCUUUGAUUGUAUUGCAAAUAGGUCAGAAUAUGCAGCAGCGUGGCAUCUUAACGCCCAUGGUUAAAUAUGUGGGUAAUAUGCAUGGCGAUGAGACCAUAGGACGCCAGCUGUUAAUCUAUUUGGCCCAAUAUCUCUUGUACAAUUAUCACAGCAAUCUGGAGGUGGCUCAAUUGAUUAACAGCACCGAUAUCUAUCUCAUGCCAACCAUGAAUCCCGAUGGCUUUGAACGUUCUCAGGAAGGCAACUGUGAAUCUCUACCCCACUAUAUUGGCCGCACUAACGCUGCCGGUGUUGACUUAAAUCGCGAUUUUCCUGAUCGUUUGGAAACCCAACAACAAAUACAAUUACGCGCCCAAAACCGUCAGCCCGAAACUGCGGCUCUUAUUGAAUGGAUUUUAAAUAAACCAUUUGUUUUGUCGGCCAAUUUCCAUGGUGGUGCCAUAGUAGCCAGUUAUCCCUAUGAUAAUUCACUAGCCCAUCAUGAAUGCUGUGAGGAUAGUUUGACACCAGACGAUCGUGUCUUCAAACUCAUGGCUCAUACGUAUGCCGAUAACAAUCCGAUCAUGCGCAAGGGCAACAAUUGCAAUGACACAUUUUCGAAUGGCGUAACAAAUGGUGCUCAUUGGUAUGAGCUGAACGGUGGCAUGCAAGACUUCAAUUAUGCCUUCAGUAAUUGUUUCGAAUUAACCAUUGAGCUGUCAUGUUGUAAAUAUCCAUCAGCCAAUACAUUGCCAGCCGAAUGGCAACACAACAAGCGCAGUCUGUUGAAGCUAUUGAAACUGGCUCAUAUGGGUGUUAAAGGUGUUGUUAAAGAUGUGAACGGUUAUCCCAUACAUGAUGCAACCAUUGUGGUUUCCGGUUUGGAAGAUAAGCCCAUACGUACCACACGCAGAGGAGAAUACUGGCGUUUGCUUACGCCUGGCAUCUAUAAUAUACAAGCAUUGGCAUUCGGUUACCAGGCCAGUGUAGCACAACAAAUCCAUAUUAAAAAUGACAACAAUGUGGCUCAACGUUUGGACUUUACCUUGUCACCCAUUGAGACCAACUAUGAUGGUGAUUUCCGUAAGGUAAAAGUUGAACGCGCUGAUACUGCCGAGGAUAUUGAGAAAAAUGGCGGCUUUUUAACGCCCACCAAAUUUGAACAUCAUAAUUUUACGGCCUUGGAAAAAUUCCUACGCGACAUUGCCGAUACUUAUCCGUCCAUAACAAGACUGUAUUCCAUAGGAAAAUCUGUACAAAAUCGUGAUCUCUGGGUAUUGGAAAUUUCCGUGACACCGGGACAACAUGUGCCCAGUGUACCGGAAUUCAAAUAUGUGGCCAAUAUGCAUGGCAAUGAGGUGGUGGGCAAGGAAAUGCUUAUAUUGUUAACGAAAUAUAUCUGUGAACGUUAUAUGUUUGAUGAACGCAUUACCAAGAUGGUGAAUAAUACCAGAAUGCAUUUUUUGUAUUCCAUGAAUCCCGAUGGCUAUGAAAUAUCUAAGGAAGGUGAUAAGACAAGUGGUUUGGGUCGCGCUAAUGCUCAUAAUGUGGAUUUGAAUCGUAAUUUCCCAGAUCAAUAUGGUACCGAUAAGUAUAACAAGGUAACGGAACCCGAAGUAUUGGCCUUAAUGAAUUGGACUUUAUCGCUGCCGUUUGUAUUGUCGGCCAAUUUGCAUGGCGGUUCCUUGGUGGCCAAUUAUCCUUAUGAUGAUAAUGAAAAUGAUUUCAAUGAUCCCAUGACACGUUUGAGAAUGGCCAAUGUGGGUAGAAAAUUAAAUCCUACGGAGGAUAAUGAAUUGUUUCAACAUUUGGCUAAAAUAUAUGCAACUGCUCAUCCCACCAUGCAUUUGGGUGACCCUUGUCCUUUGUUUAAGAAUGAAAUAUUCCAGGAUGGCAUAACCAAUGGUGCCCAGUGGUAUAGUGUAACGGGAGGCAUGCAGGAUUGGAAUUAUGUGAAGGCGGGUGUAAUGGAAUUGACUUUGGAAUUGGGUUGUGAUAAAUUUCCUAUGGCCCAUGAACUGCCUAAGUAUUGGCAAGAUAAUCGGGAAGCUUUACUGCUGUUCAUAGAACAGGUGCACUAUGGUAUACAUGGUUUUGUGCGCAGCUCUAUAGGUACCCCAGUUACGGGGGCGGCUGUAAUCUUAGAUGGGGCCAAACAUCCGGUUUACACAGCUACUUAUGGUGAUUACUGGAAGCUGGCCUUGCCGGGCAGACAUAAUGUUACGGUGUUGGCGGAUGGUUAUACGCCCCAACGUGAAGAGGUGGAAAUUGAUGCUGUUAAACGUUCUAUGCGUUUGGAUAUCACUUUGAUGCGCGAUGAUCCUCAACAUUGGGCUUCGGCCAAUGAUUAUCGCAUUAUAGAGAAUGUGGUGCACACACGUUAUCACACCAACUCCGAAUUGAGAUCCACUUUGGCUGAAUUUGAAGCCCGCAAUGGCCAGAUAGCAACAUUUGGUUAUGCCGAAUCGGAGUUUGGGUUUUAUUACAAUUCCAUUAAGCUGACAUCGGAUAUUGGCGCUCCUGAGGAGAGUAAAUAUAAAAUAUUGAUUUUAAGCUCCUUCUUCGAUUCCGCUUCCCCCUUGGGCCGUGAAAUUUCACUGAAUUUAGCACGUCAUGUUAUUGAAGGCUACAAAUUAAGGGAACCUUUAAUUUUGAAACUAUUGCAAAGCAGUAUUUUAUACUUUUUGCCGGUAACCGAGAAUUUCGAAAGUGUUUUUCAAAUGUACAACAAUAACCAUACAAUCUGUGACCCAGUGAUAGGCAAUGAAUUGGGCGAAAGAAUUUUAAGUCCCGAAGCAGAAAAGAGAAGAGAUUUGUUAAUACAAUUCUUGGAUAAUCAAAGAUUUGAUUUAAUGUUAACAUUUACCUCAGGUUCUUCGGAAUUAAGUUAUCCUAAAGGCGAGCAAAUAUUCGAAAAGUUUGCCCACAAUAUAGAAAAAACCGAAUUCAGUUUCUCGCCCUUGCAGUGCUCCUCAACCUCUACGCGUUCUUUGAAACAUGAUAUAACCGAACGUUUAACCAAUUUGUUUUAUAAAAUGUACAAUAUACCCAUGUUUACCUUGGGCUUGUCCUGCUGCAGCAUGCCCUCUCAAAACGAUAUAGCCUCUAUAUGGCGUAAAAAUAUUGAGAAAUUUAAGAAUUUCCUGCAUUUAGUGGAUACCGGAGCCAAAGGUUUUGUACACAAUCAACAAAAUCAACCCAUCAGAGAGGCUUUUAUACGUGUCAUUGACCACAAGCCGGUGUAUAAUGUGACACGUAAUGAGGCUCGUUUCCAAUUGAUAUUGCCCGAGGGUGUUUAUGCUUUGGAAGUAAGUGCUCCCAACUUUGAGUCUCACGUUACUCGGUUAGAAGUUAAAGAGGGAAAAAUAUCUGAUUUGGGUAUAAUUAAACUGGCGCCUUUUACUUUGGUUACCGGACGCAGUGAGGUAAAGGCCUUGGGCCAUAUAGGCAGUUUACUGCCCGAAAAUACUGCCACUGUAACAGGCUUUAUAUUGGACUGGUCCAAUCAUCCCAUACAACAUGCCAAGGUUUCCAUAGUUAAACCCAUAAUCAAGCAGUACAUACGCAAUUUCACCGAUAGCAUGGGUUCUUAUGUUUUGAAAAAUGUACCCAUUGGCGAGAUAACUUUAAAGGUAGAGGCUCCUCGUUUUCUGGAAACCACUAGGUUGGUUAAUGUUGGCAUGCAGUCGAGGGAAGUGAAAAAUGUGGUCUUUAGAUUAAAUCGCAAUGAGCAUGUCAUGGGCAUGCCACGUUUUGUUUUCAUUGUCUUGGCCAGUUUGGUGAUUAUAACAGGAGUGGUAAUGUGUAUUUUGUGUGCCCAAUUCAUUAUGGCUCGCCGUCAUCGGGCCGAUAAACCCUAUUACAAUUUCUCAUUGCUGCCGCAAAAGGGUAAGGAAUUGUUUGAGGAUGAUGGCGAUGAUGGGGAAACGGAAUUGUUUAGAUCGCCUAUUAAAAAGGGCAUGACCAUUAAACCCUACUUCGAUGAUGACGAGGAGGACGAUCUGAAACGCAUUAUUAACUCUGACGAUGAGGGUGAGGGUGAGGAUGGCAUACAACGACACGACAUGGAUGACGAUGAAAACGAUAUACUCUACAAUGACGAUAGCGGCGAAGAGAUAAUUAUGUUAGACAAAAGACAUUAACAUAUUCUAAAAACAACUGUGAUCUGCUCAAAAUAUUUAACUCAACACUAUUUUGGAAACUAGUUUCGAAAAAAACCUAUAUUUUUUAUCAAACAACUUACAAAACAAAAAACUCUUCCAUUAUAAAAAAAAAAAAUUCCAUGAUAUACAAAAAAGAAAAUAGUGCUGAGUUUUAAUAAAUUCGGCCAAGACGAAUUUUCUUUUUCUUAAACUUAAACAUCACAUAUAUAAAACGAAAUACAUUUUUAUUUAAUUUAUGUGUUUAAAUUUGAAACAAAAAAAAAGAAACAAAUAUUUAUAUGCAAUAUUAGAAAGAUAUUUAUAAUUAAGUUAAGCCAAAAUUAAAAGCUAAUUAAAGUUUUCAAUUUUUAUUUGUAUACAAUAUUAUUAGCAUUUUAAGCAAUAUUGUGAAUAUUGUAACAAAUAUAUAAACACACCAAUCAA